UUAUGUACCAUGGAUAUGUACGAAAGGAAGUUUAAAUGGGGAAGUUUAUUAGUGUAAAAGAAGAUAUUAGAAACUCCUUUUAUUGCGAUUUAUUAUCAAGAUACAUUUUUUAAAUGGAGAAUUUUGGCGAACAACAUUGUAGGCUAUGCCUCAAAGUCAUAAGCGAUGAUCAAUUUGAAGAGAUAGAAGAAGCUACCAGAAAUAUUUUUGAUUUUCUUUUAUUAAAUCUGGAUUUUAACGAUUCGAAUAAACACAUAAUAUGUAACGAUUGUUCACUACAGGUAAGAGAAGCAUACGAAUUUAAGUCGAUGUGCCUCUAUACUGACAACACCAUAAUUCCUCAUGUCGAUUAUGAAACAGGAUGUUCUGUUGACUUAAGAGAGAUUUACAUAAAGGAAACAGAAAACAAGCAACUCAUUGAUACAUUAAAUGACUAUAAAGUUUGUCGGUUAUGUAUGCAGUUAACAAGCAGUGAAUUUAUGUCGAUACAUAAAUUAGAGGUUGAUAUGAUCGAGAAAUAUAUUCCAGAAAUAAAUGUCAGUGUCGUCAAAGAUCCCAUUAUUUGCAAAAGGUGUUUUGUUUCCUUCGGUACCCACAGUGGUUUUAUACAGAAAUGCUUAAAAAUAAAGGGAAAUGUUAAGAGUGUUCAUAGUACAAAACUCACUGCCAAUUUGGGCUGCACUCCAUCCUUAGUUUCUCCCGUUAAAGUUGAAGACAUCAAAAUAAAAUCCGAAUUAAAUGAACAGGAAGAUGAGUUUAUCGAAAUGGGAUCUACUGCACUGAAAUUUGACGAUGAAGAGAUGUUAAUUAAAUCUGAGCCUAUGGAUAUAAAAGCAGAAGAAAAUGAUAAAGAGAGUAACAUUUUUCCGGAUAUUUCACCCCAUCAACUGGAAGAGACAGAGGAGAUUUCCAAAGUAGACAAGAGAAAAAAAUACAUAAACCAAUUUGCAUCUGAUCAGUUACCCAAAAUGUACAUGUGUGAUAAAUGUAAUUUUCAAAGCAAAAACAGGAAGAGUUUCAUAGGUCACCAAAUAGUACACAAGGACCCCUCGACCGUGCGAUUGUACAAGUGUGAUUUGUGCGAUUUCGAGUCCAAGUAUAACGGGUCUUUUAAGCGUCACCUGGUGAAACAUGCUAACGGCGCUACCUUUUCAGAAGCACCGAUACUCAAGUGUGAUUCGUGCGAUUACAAAACGAAAUAUAAGAAUAAACUCAAGCGCCACCAAUUGACACAUGCGGAUCCCUCAGAGGUGCGAUUGUACAUCUGCGAUCUCUGUGAUUUUAAGUCAAAAUAUAAGGAAAGUAUAAGGCUUCAUCAACUGAAACACGCUGACCCAACAAAAGUACAGAUGUACACUUGUGAGUCGUGUGAUUUUAAGACUAAAUACAAAGACAGUCUUAAGCUUCACCAGUUGAAACAUACCGACCCCUCAAAAGUGGAUAUGUACUCGUGUGAUUUGUGUGAUUUUAAGGCGAAAUACAAGGAUAAACUCAAGCUGCACCAGGCGAAACACGCGGAACUUUCUCAGGCACGGACGUACAAGUGCAAUGAAUGUAAUUUUAAGUUCAAAUAUGAAGAGUCCUUUAGGCGGCACCAGUUGAAACACGCCAAUCGUCCGCAAUCACCAACGUACAAGUGUGACUCGUGCGUUUUUGCGACCAAAAGUAGGAGCGGUUUUAGGUCCCAUAAGUUGCAACAUGCUGACCCCUCACAGGUACAAAUAUACAAGUGUGAUUUAUGUGACUUUCAAACUAAGUAUAAAAACAAUCUUAAACCACACCAGGCGACACACGCGGAUCCAUCGAAAUCACGGUUGUACACAUGUGAUUUGUGUAAUUUUAAGGCCGAACGUAAGAGCAGUCUCCAUUUCCACCAAAUGAAACACACGAAACACUCAGAAACAAGAAUUCACAAGUGCGAUUUGUGCGAUUUCGUGGCAAAACGUAAAUUCGAACUUAAGUAUCACAAGUUGAAACAUGCCGAUCCUUCGGCAGCGUCUGGGUACAAAUGUGAUUUGUGUGACUUUGUCAGCAAAUAUGAAAGCGGACUUAAGUAUCACCAACUGAGGCAUGCAGACCCUACAAAGGUGCAGAUGCACAAGUGUAAUUUGUGCAAUUUUGAAACCAAAUACCGGAGCAGUCUUAAGUCGCACCUAUCAAAACAUGCAGAUUCUGUUUGAUAGACCUCUAGAUUAUGAGAAAGCAUGAGGUCAGAGUUUUUUCACUUAAAAAUUGUCAAGCCUAUAUCUUAUAUAAUCAAACGACCAGUUUUUAAAUAACAUUAUAUGGACUGACGAGAGUCGAUUUACAAAAAAUGGCAUUUUGAAUAGACAUGAUAGCCGUUUCUGGCAUGAAAGUAACCCUAGAUGGACAAAAGACAGACAUUUCCAAACCACGUUUUCUAUAAAUGUAUGGCAUGUAUUAAUGGCAUAUUAAUUGGACCCUAUUUAUAUGAGGAAAAUUUGAACGGUCGCAAUUAUUUACAAUUCUUUCACACCCAACUAAAUGUUCUAUUGGAAGAAGUUCCUUUAGUUAUGAGCCAAAAUAUCUGGUUCCAACAAGACGGGGCACCAGCUCAUAAUGAAAGGAGGGUGCAAAAUUUUCUUCAUGUAUAUUUUCAGGGGCGAUAGAUAGGCACCAAUGGUCCAAUAAGGUGGCCUGCCCACACCCCUGAUUUAACCCCACUCGAUUUUUUCUUGUGGGGUUACCUAAAGAACUUAAUUUACCAAACAGAAAUUGAAGUCUUGGCUGACUUGUGCAAUAAAAUGUAUGCGAGUUGUGCAUGUAUUCCUCGGAAUGUUUUAUUAUGGGCAACUGAUACCGAACAUAGAAAAAGAUAUAAAUUAUGUAUUCAUGAGAAUGGCGGUAAUUUUGAACACUUAUUGUGACUCGUGUAUUAUGUUAAUUUAGUUUUUA